AUGCUCUCUCGUCUUGCCCCGUUCGUAUGGCUCGCCAUGGCACACGCCCUCCCAGUCGACCAGGAUCCUUCCAGCAUCCCAGCCCCCGGAUCCCCUUUCACGAUCCCCGUCCGUGUCAACCCGCACUAUGUCCCCGACGGCCCGGCCGACUUAGUAGCCGCCUACCGCAAGUGGAACAUGCCCGUGCCGGAGGCUCUCGAGAAACACUUGCUGACCCGGCGAGCUGGUACAAACGGCGACAGCUACUGGUUGUCGGAGAUCUUCGUCGGUACCCCUGAAGCUCAGGCUAUUCCCGUGUUGAUCGACUCUGGGUCUUCCGACUUCUGGCUGAUGUCCACCGACACCCAAUUCGGCAACGCAGCGAAGAACGGCAAACCCAAGUUGUACGAUCCCUCCAAAUCCGAAGCGAGCCAGGAAGUCGCAGGAGCCUCAUGGAACCUACAAUAUCACGACGGCAGCAGCUCCUCUGGGAAAGUCUACCUCGACAUGCUUCGGAUAGGCCUCAUGACUGACUACAACUGGUUCAACAUAUCCAAUGCAACAAUCCAGUCAGCUGUCUCGGUAACCAACCGCCUCGCCGUCGACCCGAACCUCAGCGGUGUCCUAGGCUUGGCGAAACAGCGCCCUUCAAACAUCCAGCCCCGGAUGCCCUCCAUCAUGGACCGUCUUAAGCAAGAGUUGCACUUCGAAUUCAUCGGCGCCGACUUGCGUGCCAAUUCGUCCCUCGGCUCCUGGAACUUUGGGAGUAGCCAGGGCGGCGGUAAGAACCUUAUCCACGAGCCGCCCGUGCCUAACUCUGAGCACUGGGAUUUCCGUGUAGAGGGAUUUCGCCUCAGUUCCAUGAGCGACAACUCCUGGUACACCGCACGCAUGACCGCCACUGUCGACACGGGCAGCAGUUUGCUGCUUCUCCCGGGCACGGUCGUUGCCAAGUACUACGCAGAGAUUCCCGGGUCAUCGUUCGAUGAGACGCUGCAGUCUUGGCUGUUUCCCUGCGACAUUGCAUCAGGAAUACCGGAUUUCGAAUUCUCGACAAGCGGCGGAUAUACAGGCAAGGUUCCAAAGGCGUACAUAAACAUCGGCCCAGUCCCGGGAAAUACCGAAAAGUGCUAUGGCGGUAUCCAGAAGAGCGUCCACAACCAUGCCAUUUUUGGAUCAGUGGUGCUCAAGACUUUGUAUGUACAAUUCAACUACGGCGAAAGAGGAAGCUUCGUCAGCUUCGGCAGCAAGGGCCUGGAUGUGUGCUCUGUCACUAGCACAUGCACGCAGUGA